AUGCAAGAACCAAUUCCGAACCAUCCAGAUGAUUGGAAAAAGAGAUUAACGCUUCGGAUGGAACAAGCUGAAAAGAUGUUUCAAUUUGAGCCUUCUGCAACAAAAGUUGACAAUCUAUUUUCGGGAUGUGUGGAUCCGUUAUCAAUUAAAUUGAAAAUGAAUAAUUACAUGAUUGAUCGUCCGUUGAGUCAAACAAACCAAGGAUUGAAAACCAAUAUGAAAGUGAGACAAAUAAUUAAAGAUGCCCAACCCACAAAAGAGGAAACUGUUCUGUCUAAACGAAAAUUGGAUCAAGUUUCUUCUAGCUCCUCUGCUGUUGGAUCAUCCUCGACUGCUUUGCAAUUAUUUGAUGACAAAAAAGAUCAAGCUACGACAUCAAUUGUUUUACACACCCCACAACGCGUUGAGGACACCCAAAAAGCCAUGGUUGCCUUUGACAAUUCUUAUUAUUCAUUGGAUGGAAAAGAUGAAUUGACACGAUCGUUAAUUUUGCAAGAAAAACGAAGAAGAAAAGAAAUUGAACAAAAACCAAAGUGGCACCCACCUUGGAAGCUAAUGAGGGUUAUCAGUGGUCAUACUGGAUGGGUGCGAGCCAUCAGUGUCGACAUCAGCAAUGAAUGGUUUGCUACUGGAUCCAAUGACAGAACAAUCAAGAUAUGGGAUUUAGCCUCAGGUGAACUUAAAUUAACUCUUCCUGGUCACACCUCAACUGUUAGAGAUCUUGUUGUGUCAGAUCGAUCUCCUUAUUUAUUCUCAGUUGGAGAAGAUAAAAGCGUUAGAUGUUGGGAUUUAGAAACAAACAAAUGUAUAAGACAGUAUCGAGGUCAUUUAAGUGGAGUGUAUUGUUGUGCAUUACAUCCAUCACUAGACCUGUUGGCUACUGGAGCAAGAGAUAGUAGUUGUAGAAUUUGGGAUAUUAGAACAAAAAAAGAAGUAUUUCUGUUAACAGGACAUGAGUCGACAGUUGCAUCAGUAUUGUCUCAAGAGCAUGAACCUCAAGUCAUUACUGGAUCAAUGGAUUCUACAAUAAGGCUAUGGGAUUUAAAAACAGGAACCACCCGUACUACCCUUACUCACCACAAAAAAUCUGUAAGAACAAUGACCCUUCAUCCAACUGAAUAUACUUUUGGAAGCGCUUCUGCAGACUCAAUUAAGAAGUGGAAAUGCCCAGAAGGAAAAUUCAUGCUUUCUUAUGAAGGAACAAAUGAGGAUGUCAUUAUUCAUGCCAUGACAGUAAAUAAUGAUGGAGUAUUGGUGUGUGCAGCAGACGACGGUACUUUAGACUUUUGGGAUUGGAAAACUGGACACCAUUUUAGCUCUACCAAAAACAUUCCUCAACCAGGCUCGUUAGAUUCUGAAUCCGCUGUGUUGGCAUGUAAAUUUGAUAGAAGUGGAGCUCGAUUAAUCACUGGAGGUGCUGAUAAAUCUAUUAAGAUUUAUCGUCCCGAUGACACGGUAAUGCCACCUACAGAAGAGGAAAACGAGCAAAAGUUUUACAUUUCUAAUUUAUUUGGAAAGAAAAAAUACUAG